UAGAACAAUUGAACUAAAUUCUCUCUCUGGGAUCCAAAUAAUUUUAUUUCAGUGCCACAAACUGGGCUCCUUUUCUGUUGUAAUAAGAAUUUCGACAGUUUGACGUGGCUUAGAAGACAAAACAUGGACAUCCACAGCACAGAGUGUUCCAUUUGACUGAGGUUAUUGAAUUAUCAACUCAGCAUGAUAAGGCAGAUUAUGUCCACAGCAGAGAUGAGAGCUCUGAAAUGUUGGAGGAUUCCUGCUAUACUAAUUAUUCUACAGCAAACAUGGAUUUCAGCAAUGGAAAUACCACCUGAUGUCAGACAGCCUCCAAUGAUCAUUAAAGAGAGUGUUCAAUACUACAUUGUAGAUCCAGUUGACCCCAUUGUAGUGGAGUGUGAGGCAACAGGGAAUCCACCUCCAGUCUUCACAUGGACGCGUAAUGGAGUUUACCUAAAUGUAGCGCGAGAUCCUCAGGUCAGCAUGAGGAGGCGUUCUGGCACAUUGGAGAUUUUCUUCUGGGGUCGCCCUGAUGACUACGAGGGCGUGUACCAGUGCACAGCGACUAACGAGUUUGGCUCGGCUUUGUCUAGUCACAUCCACCUACGUGUCUCUAAGGCCCGUACAUGGCUGAAAGAAUAUCUGGAACCAGUCUCGGUGGUGGUUGGACUUCCACUCAUUCUUCCAUGUAACCCUCCUGUAGGCCCUCCCAAACCUGACACAUACUGGCUAAACAGCACAAUGGCACCUAUCCGUCAGAAUCGUCGAGUAUCAAUGGCUAAGAAUGGAGACCUGUACUUCUCCAGUAUCGUAGCAGAGGACGCUCUUACAAACUACGUCUGCGUUGCCCGAUUCUCCUUUACGAACACCAUCCAACAGAAACCACCUCUAAUCCUACAGGUGCUCACAGCUCGCAUGGCAGCCCAUACAGCACCCAAGUUUAUGAAACCUAAAGGAACUGCCAGCACAAUGAUCGCAAUGUUGGGGGAAGAACUUGUUUUGGAGUGUUUUGUUGCUGGAGUUCCAACUCCCUCCAUCAAAUGGACCAAAAAUUGGGAGGAGUUGUCCAUGGCUGAAAAGAAGUUGGAGAACUUUAAUAAAACGCUCAGAAUAAAGAAGAUCUCCAUGGACGAUGGAGGAGACUACAUUUGCACUGCUUCAAACAGGAUGGGCAGCAUGGACCACGUCAUCACUGUCAGGGUCAAAUCGGUUCCAUUCUGGGUGGAGAAACCUGAGAGUCUGGUUUUGUCUCGAGAUGACAGUGGUAGUAUAGUGUGUAGAGCUGAUGGAAUUCCUCGGCCCCAAAUUCAAUGGCUGGUCAAUGGAGAGCCUAUCAUGGAUGCCCCUAGGAGUCCAGGCAGACAGGUUACAGAAGACACUUUGACAUUUGAGUCUGUGGUUCCAGACAGUGCUGCUGUGUUCCAGUGCAAUGCUUCAAACCAGUAUGGCUAUAUCAUGGCAAAUGCUUUCUUGGCUGUAAUGGAUAUGAAACCGCGACUGUUGGGACCCAGAGAUGAACUUGUUAAAUCGACAGAAGGCAAUCAUACUCUUUUAGACUGCCCAUAUUUUGGCUCUCCUAAGCCUGACCUGCGGUGGUCAAAAGGAGGAAUGGGUAUGUUAGAAUUAGGUCAUUACAGUGUUCAUCUUAAUGGUACAUUGGAAAUCAAAAACACAAAGCUACAAGAUCAGGGAACCUAUGUGUGCGUUGCGAGCAACGUCAUUGGACGAGAUGAGAAGGAGGUUCAACUGGAGGUCAAAGAGCCCACUAAAAUUGUCAGUGCCCCGCACAAUGCUGUAGUCAUAAAAGGCAGCCUGGCUCGAUUUGAUUGUAAGAUAAAAUUUGAUCCGACUCUGAAGGUUACUGUCACUUGGCUAAAAGACAAGAAGUUCUUGAUCUUGGGAAGGAGAAUGACAAAGGAUGAAGAUACUCUGAGCAUUGCUGAUGUGUACAGAAGAGAUGAAGGCAUAUAUACCUGCAGAGUUAAAAGUGAACUGGAGGAGGUUACUGCUUCAGCUAAACUCACUGUAAUGGACCGUCCAGACCCCCCCACUGAUUUAGAGGUGUCUGACCCAUCAGAGAGGAGUGUUAGACUCACCUGGGUACCAGGACUGAGCAAUCACAGUCCUAUUAAAGAAUACUUGGUGCAGUAUACCGAAGAUCUCCUUGCUGACUAUUGGCUGAUACCGAGUGGCUGGAAGAACCUGACUGGUUAUCCUGGCAACCUAAAUUCUGUAGUUUUACAGCUGACGCCAUUUGUAGAGUACCGGUUCCGGGUCAUCGCUGUAAAUGGUAUAGGUCCCAGUAAACCCAGCUGGCCAUCUGCAUACUACCAAACUGGUGGGGCUGUGCCUGAUACCAUUCCAAGAAACAUCCAAGGACUGGGGAGUGGAGUGUUCAGAAAUAACAUGGAAAUCAGUUGGGAGCCACUAGAGUACAGACAAUGGAAUGGCCCAAAACUGGGCUACAUGGUUUGGUGGAGACGAAGGGAUUCAAGGGAGGAGUGGAAGAACUACACAACAUACUGGUGGUGUAGCUACAACAUCUAUGACACUGACACCUUCACACCCUAUGAGAUUAAAGUUCAGGCCAUCAACUUCUUCGGAUCUGGCCCAGAAUCCCCUAUCGUCAUUGGCUACUCUGGAGAGGACCGUCCUAUUGCCGCCCCAUCUGAGCUGAGUGUAUCAGACAUUGAGACCACAAAGCUGACAGUUCAUUGGGAACCAGUGGCACGUGCUGACAUCAUGGGCGAAAUAAAAGAGUACAAAGUUUACUACUGGAGAGAGAGCAGUCGUCUGCCCUGGCACACUCUGAGCAGGAGAAUUAAGACCAAAAGUUUUAAAGCUAAUGGACCACGUCUGUCUGGGACCCUGACUGGUCUCGUUCCUUAUAGUAACUACAGGAUGUAUAUUGUUGUGGCCAAUAACCGCUAUGAAGGUCCGCCUAGCUACACUAUUGAGUUUCAGACACCUGAAGGAGUGCCAUCGAUUCCCAGAUCUUUCAGAAUCAUGCACAGGCACUAUGACACCAUCUACCUGGACUGGGAAGAACCCGCAGAACCAAAUGGCAUUCUGACUGGAUAUAUCCUUAAAUACCAGACCCUAAACGUCACCUUGGGGGACAGAAUCCAGGUGGAAAACAUUCCUCCAAACAUCACCUACUUCUCACUCCGUCGCUUUGACCGAUACACACGAUACAAGUUCUCACUGGCUGCUCAGACCCAGGUUGGGGUCGGGGAGGCAUUUACUGAGGAAUCGCCCCAUUUUACAACUGAGGAGUACACAAGGGAGCAAGUGGACAUUGUGACACAGGGUUGGUUCAUUGGUUUGAUGUGUGCAGUUGCUCUUCUGGUCCUCAUCAUGCUUAUUGUCUUUUUCAUCAAGAGAAGUCGAGGAGGAAAGUACCCAGUGCGGAACAAAAACGAUUUCACACUGGAACCAAUGGAUGAUAGGGAGAAUGGAACAUUUGAUUACAGGUCUCUUGAAAGGAUAACACGAGUGACCACCCUGCCCUACUCUAGACGUGAGGAGGAAAGUCGACAAGGACGCAGUCAAGCUGUGACCGAGCACAUUGGGAGGAGAACAAACAGUGACGACAGCCUCAUGGAGUAUGGAGAGGGGGAAGAGAUUGAGUUUAACGAGGAUGGCUCUUUCAUCGGAGAAUACACAGGCAUCAGUAAGAGGAACAUAGACAGGAGCCUGUACCAUGACAACUCUGAUGCCACAUCUCCUGUGGCCUACUCUUUUGCUUAGAGAAAUCAUGAGUUAAUGGUAGGAUGCCCAUCAUCAUAAACUGCCUUUACACAGCUGAGGUGACUUCACAAUAUAAGACUUAGAGUAAACUGACUAUGCUCUGUUUUAUCCCAUGGACAGACUGGAAAGGAUGUAUAGAAGGUGUGUUUAGAAGUUGUUUGGCCAUUAAGCUGAGUAAAGCUGUGUUUCUGGGGAUUUAAAAGCACCAAUCAGAUUUAUUUUUAAAAUCCACAAAUCACGUGAGGGGAAGCCAGACAAAGACGUCCUGAUGUGUUUAUCAUGUUGAUAAGAAGACAGAAGAGAUGUGGCUGAUUCACUCAUUUCCAAAAAUAACAUUCAUAAUCAGUUCAGACAUUUACUUAUCUGUAGACAUGUUGGAUUUACAGAACUCCCACAAUGUGUUGUUAAAUAACCUGUGUUUGAUAUCACUGAUAAUUUCAACUAAUGCUGAUUUUAUAUUUUACAAUAUCAUGUUUUUCUGUAUGUAUGUUUGUGUUUCUGUACUGCGAUUCCUUGUAGUAAUGGUAGGUUACCUCAACAGGAUACAGACCGUAAAUUCUUAGGCAGAAUUCAGUCUAACUUUCAGCUGCUAGUUUUAAACUCAUGCAUAUCACAGUAUGAGUUGCAUGGUAUUCAUUGUAUGUUUUAGUCUGU